AUGAAGACUAUGGCAAAACAACUGCUGUGGCGACCUUGGCAUGGGACCCUUUCGAUAUUGGUUUCGCUGCUGAUAAUAUCGAGAGUGAAUUCAUUCUGCUCGUGGCAGCCAUCAUUUCGGCAUGGUUCGGCUACCCAUGGUUUUUGCUCAUCCAAGCUCUUGGCUGUGACCAACGGUGCUGCUGCCCCCACUAUUAAUACCGAUAUCACCCAUGGAGAAGCCACUGCUAACGGAGAACAAGCCAAGGCAAACUCCACCUCUAUUACGACACCUUGGUUCGAGAGAAAGGAUGAUGUGUUCAUGACGGUCGCCUCCAAUGCCGCCAACUGCCUCUUUCAGAGUGACAUGAAACGAGAUGCUCGACAAGACAAGGAUGGGGCGGUUGCUUCUGGUGCCACAAACUGGAUUGACGAUGCCGCUGCAUUUGACCUCAAAAAUGCUCUAGACAAAGUCAAACUCAAGCUACCGGAUGAACGAACCGGGUUGGACCGUGACGAAGCAUCCUCGUGGAUUCGAUGGAUGAAAGCCAGUCCGACACCCAUGAUUAUCAAUCUAUCCGAAGAACUACGACAAUUGGCCAAUCAGACACUCUCCCCUGCGAGCCUCCAAUUGAUGGAUCAAACACCAACACAGUUUCUCCAACGAUUGGGGUGCAGACUGGUCAUUCUACCUUCGGGAGCCGCUCUGGACAGUCCUUUGACAGAGGCCGCCGGUUCCAUGAUUUAUGGUAAACUUCUCUUUGGAGGAGUCACACGCUAUCGAUUGCUUGUUUCAUCCAGUAACAACAACUACAACAAUAUUAAUCGACCAGCACGAAGGACGGGAGAGCGAACCGUGCUAAAGCCAUCCACCAAGGAUGAUACUCCCGUCUGGAUUCAGUACGGUGGGCCGGAACGAAUGUACGAAGCAGUAGACAUGGGAGCUGCAGCCCUCUUGGAGGUCGUCGUUAUGCCUCUUGGACAACAGCUGGAAAGUGUCAUGGGAAACAACAUGGUCGUGGGGAAAAUCGUUUGGAAGCCACAGCAAAUGUUCACAUCAUUCAUGGAUCCAGAAGAUGAGACGGCACGAGAGGACUUGGAUGACAACAGCAACAACAACAAUCAAAUUCAUGGGUACACUCCCGUUAGUUUAUCCGGGAAGGAGCGAAAUGAAGCUUUUCAAAAUGACUUUCAAUCAAGUGUUGGCGGGCUACAGCCUCAGAUUGAUGCCAUUGUUCGAAGAGUUCUUGACGGACGCAUCAUUAGACCAGCCGAAGACGUCUCAACUGCUCCAGGAAGUGUUGAGGAGGGAGAUUUUACCACCCAACAGCUAGCCUUGGCAUCCAUGGAAGCUGAAGAACUAGCGUUGCUGGGGCUCACGCCGGUCCGUGGCUUACUCCUUUAUGGCCCUCCUGGUUGUGGGAAAACGGCGCUGGCAAGGGAAAUAUCCAGAUCACUUCGGGCCAGAGCUCCCAAGAUAGUGUCUGCACCCGAGUUGUUGGACCGAUGGGUGGGUGGUAGCGAAAAAUUGGUGAGGGCCUUGUUUGCGGAUGCAGAGGCAGAGCUGGCUGCCUGCAAUGGAGAUGCCACCAAAAGUGCUCUCCACGUGAUUGUCAUUGAUGAGAUUGACGCCGUCUUUCGAAAACGAUCCACCGCAGAAGAUUCCGGAGAAGCAACGAGAUCAUCGGUUGUUAAUCAGAUACUGGCCAAGUUAGAUGGUGUGAAUGCGAUUCCGAAUGUUCUGCUCAUUGGAAUGACCAAUAGAAGAGAACUGUUGGACGAUGCACUGUUGAGACCAGGCAGACUGGAGGUGCAGAUUGAAAUACCUCUCCCAGACAAGGAAGGAAGGAGAGAGAUUCUCCAGAUUCAUUUUGACGCCUUGCGGAGGAAGGGGCGUCUUAGCAUGCCACUUUGCUGCGCAGUUGAUGGUGUUGCAUCCAGUUCCAGUUCUCUUGGAGAUACCACUCUUCAAGAUUCGUCCUCUUCUCCGCCAGAGACAGGAGAUAUUGGGUCGGAAACAGAUGAUGGACCAAUCAAGGGCAGGAAACGACGUGCUGUGAAGCAAGCCAUCAAUAAGGUGUUUGAUACUUUGCCAAUGAGUGCGAGGAACACGUUUGACCUUGCUGCUGACUACGCGACGGCUGGAUUCAGUGGUGCUGACAUUGCAGGUUUGGUUCGUUGUGCGGGGUCCAUUGCAUUGGCUCGUGCCCGCAAGGAUGGGAAUGGCAUCGAGAGCCUUUUGAUCACAAUGGAAGACGUGAAGCAGGCACUCGACGAAGUGAAGAAGGUGUGA